AUGGAAGGGUAUUACCUUGUUGUCCUUACCAGAGUUAUUUUGGACAGAAUGAAAGAGGCGGUUGACCUUAAGCUAAGAGAGGAACAAGCAGGAUUCAGGAAAGAAAGAUCUUGUACAGAUCAAAUAGCCACUCUUAGAAUUAUUGUAGAACAGACGAUAGAAUGGCAGGCCCCGCUUUACAUCUGCUUUGUUGACUUUGAGAAGACCUUUGAUAGUGUGGAUAGGCAAACAAUAUGGAAUCUGUUGAGACACUAUGGUUUCCAGGUCAACACAGGUGUGAGACAAGUAUGUCUGCUGUCGCCCCUCCUCUUCUUGGUGGUUCUCGAUUGGGUGACACGCACAGCCUAUGCCAGUUUUGGAAAAGGUAUUCAGAGGACACUCACGGGGAAACUAGAGGAUCUGGAGUUUGUAGAUGAUCUUGCCUUACUCUCGCACAGGCUACAAGACAUGAAAGAAAAAGUUGAUGCAUUAGGAGCCAUCUCUCAGCGCGUAGGUCUCAAGAUCAACAAAGAAAAGACAGAAGUGAUGAGAAUUAACAAUAACUAG